AUGAAUGACUCGACACUGACCAGCCUAUUGUCAGUGGUGGACCUGGCCUCGAUCCUCCCGUCCUUCCUCGUCUCGCCGCUCUCGAACACCCUGCGCGCGUACCAGCUCGAGCGGUUCCAGGAUCAAUUCUUCGUCAGCCCGCCGGCGUGGUUCACGGCGUACAUGUGGAUCGAGGCCAUGUACCACGUGCCGAUCAGUCUAUGGAUGGUUUGGGGGCUCUUUAACGACCAUCCUCUGGUCCCACUCCAUCUCCUCAUCUUCUCCCUCGAAGUCGCCGUCACCACCCUCACCUGCGUCGUCGACAUCUCCUCCUGGAAAGGCUACUCGUCGGCUCAGAAGUCGGACCUGUACGGCCUCUACGUUCCUUACCUGGUACUCGCGUGCCUCAUGGGCGUCGAUGCCUUUGUCCGCGUAAAGAGACAGAUCCUGCAAAGUGGCGGGUUGGAAAAGGGCAAGACUUUGUAA